AUGAGCGGUCGCGAUUUGUUCACUUAUAAUCCGGACUUGGUUGGUCAGGACGAGGAGGAUAUGGAAGGAGGGGUCGCGUUUGAACGGGAUGCGAACGAUGAAGAUGAGGACAGUGAGGCCGAAGUGAAAGCGUUUGUUAUUGAUGAACGCACAUUUUACUGCAUUGAUGAUGAAGGCCAUAUGUUAGAUGACGAUUUGGAUGAAGAUGAUAAGGUUGCCGACGCUGUAACUGAAAAUGUUGAAAUUAAUGAAGAACUGUUUGAUGUGGAUGAUGUACCAGAUUUGGAAAAUUUGAAUGAAAAAGAUGAGGAUGCUGUUGCAAAGAUGGCCAGGCUGAAGUUGGAAGAAAAGAAUAGUGUAAAAUAA